GAUAGAAGUAGGAAUGAAUUAGUGAGUUCUGUAUAUGAUAUAAACUCCUAUCUGCAAAAUGCAUACAAAUGGAAUAACAGAAGGCGAGUUCUAUUUAGACAGAUGUCCCCUUUACAACAGAAAAUUGCAAGCUGCAUAGACUAUCCUAAAAAACUCAAUUUAGUGGAUAAUCAUUUUGACAAGAAUAAUGAAAUAUUAUCAACCAUUGUGUCAAACGCGAUUAAAAAGUAUGAGAUCAAAGACUUUGAGUUGAAACUUGUUGAGGAACAAGCUACCGCUAGCAAGAGAAAUAACUAUUUCAGAGUUGUUGAAGGUUUGUGUCAUUAUGCCCGUGACUGGCCUGUAACCCCGUCCGAAGAAGUCACUCCGUUAUUGGAAUAUAUCAAACAACAGUGCAAAGAUUUAGACAAUGACAAAACAGUGGCAAUAGUCCCAGGAUCAGGGUUAGGCAAAGUUUCUCAUACUCUGGCUCAGUUGAAUUUUUCAUCAGUUCAUGCAGUUGAAUUUUCCUGGUUGAUGGUUCUCAUGAACGAGUUCUUGUACUUAAAGCAGGAGAACAUAAAAAAGUUAAACAUUUAUCCUUACCUGCACACUUAUUCUAACCACUUGACGGUAGAUGAUCAGCUAAGGCCCGUCGAGAUCUCUCAUUCAAUUGCCAAACCAUCAAACUUGGCAAUUCAUAAUGCAGAUUUCACAAAAUUCAAAAUUCAAGAACAUUUAAGACCCACAGAAAGUCCAGAAAAUCUUCUUUUUGUUACGUGCUUUUUCCUUGAUACUGCUGAAAAUUUGAUAGAAUACCUUCAAGCCAUAAACAGAAUUUCCUCGAGCUUCAAAGGUACCAAAAAAUGGAUCAAUUUGGGUCCUUUAAAAUAUGGUACGGCUGCUAAGAUUGAAGUUUCCGAUAUGGAAUUGAGAACUUUAGUCAAAGGAAUGGGCUGGGAUUUUGCAGACGAACCAGAUCCGAAGUUAUUGGGAUAUUUAACUGACAAAAAAGGAUUAUGGCAAGGAUAUUAUAACGUCACCAUGUGGUCAGCUGUAAAA